UCUUUUCUCAUCAUUCGGAGGGUCGGAGAUGUUCGAUGAUAAAAGCCAAACGGUAUUAUAGUACUAGUCUACUAGAUAUUUAUAGAGACCGGCAAGUACGAUUCUUUCCCGACUUAUCAAGACUGUUCUUACCUUUUCCAACUUAUAUUCAACACAAAUUCAGACACAACAAUGCUUUUACAUAUGUUGUCUUUGGAAGCUAAUACUUGCACCACUUCUAGUUUCCAUCGUUGGAUGAGUUCAGACAGGUUUUUGAUUUCUUAAAGCAAUGCUAAACUGAACCGGAGAAUCAAUAGUUUGGUUGUCAAUUUUUGAAACAUGGAUAGCCAUGUUCUUGCCAGAGCAGUAGUGUGUAUAUUUUUGCUUUGUAUGCAAGUGCCUGUGGAAGUCGGUGGUCGCAUUGGUUCUGUAAAACUAGAUGUUGUCAAUGUAGGAGCUUUGUUUACAGUAAAUUCAGCGAUUGGCAGAUCAGUGAAGCCAGCAAUUAUGGCUGCUGUGGAUGAUGUCAACUCUGAUUCAGGCAUUCUACAGCGAAGGCGACUAAACUUGAUUAUGAGUGAUACAAAUUGCAGUGGUUUUCUCGGCACGAUAGAAGCUUUGCAGCUGAUGGUUGACGACGUGGUUGCUGCAAUCGGUCCGCAGUCAUCUGGGAUAGCUCAUGUUAUAUCCCAUGUCGUGAAUGAACUUCAUGUACCUUUGCUCUCCUUUGGAGCUACAGACCCCACUCUUUCUGCCUUACAGUUUCCAUAUUUCCUCCGUACCACACAAAGUGAUUAUUUUCAGAUGCAGGCUAUAGCUGAUCUAGUUGAAUACUAUAAAUGGAGAGAAGUAAUAGCCAUUUUUGUUGACGAUGAUUAUGGCAGGAGUGGAAUUUCCGCGCUAGGUGAUGCACUUGCUAAGAAUCGUGCCUCGAUUUCUUACAAGGCUGCCUUUACUCCCGGAGCCCCUACAAGUGACAUCAAUGAUUUGUUAGAUGGCGUAAAUCUGAUGGAAUCCCGAGUGUAUGUUGUACAUGUAAAUCCUGACACAGGUCUCAGAGUAUUUGAUGUAGCAAAGCGACUUGGGAUGAUGUCUACUAGCUAUGUUUGGAUUGCUACAGAUUGGCUUUGUUCUGUUAUGGAUUCAUCAGAAACAGUGGAUCCUGAGAAAAUGGAUCUUCUACAGGGAGUUGUUGCACUUCGCCAUUACACCCCAGAUACUGAUCUUAAAAAAAGCUUUUCAGAUAGGUGGAAAAAGAUCAAAGAGAAGGAAUCUUUGAACUUCAACUCCUAUGCACUUUAUGCUUACGAUUCUGUUUGGUUACUUGCCCGUGCUCUAGAUGUUCUUCUUAGCGAAGGUGAUAAUAUCUCCUUUUCCUAUGACCACAAGUUGAGAGACACAAACGGGAGUAGUCUACAUUUGUCAACACUUCGUAGAUUUGAUCAAGGAGAUAAAUUACUUCAGAUACUAACUACAAUGAACUUCACAGGGAGAAGUGGUCAGAUUAAAUUUGAUCUGGAGAGGAAUUUGAUUAAUCCAGCAUUUGAAAUUUUAAACAUAGGUGGAACAGGUUCACGCAGAAUAGGUUACUGGUCAAAUCAUUCUGGUCUUUCAGUCACAACACCAGAAACUUCAUCUAUGGAAAAUGUGACAAAAUCUGCCAACAAUCAGCAUCUAUACGAUGUAAUAUGGCCUGGUGAAACUAUUAAAGUUCCUCGGGGAUGGGUGUUCCCCAACAAUGGGAAGCCUUUGCAAAUUGCAGUGCCUUAUCGGGUAACUUACAAAGAAUUUGUUACAAAAGACAAAGGUCCUAUGGGGGUAAAAGGAUACUGUAUUGAUGUCUUUGAAGCUGCAGUGGAUCUGUUGCCUUAUCCUGUCCCUCGAACAUAUAUACUGUAUGGAAAUGGUGAAAGAAACCCUAGCUUCAGUAAUCUUGUAUACGAUGUUUCGCAACAUAAAUAUGAUGCAGCCGUGGGGGAUAUUACCAUUGUUACAAAUAGGACAAGAAUUGUGGACUUUACACAGCCUUACAUGGAAUCUGGACUGGUUGUGGUUGUUCCAGUUAAAAGAGUAAAAUCUUCUGCUUGGGCUUUUCUUAAACCAUUUAGUUGGGAAAUGUGGUUUGUCACGGGUGCUUUCUUUCUUUUUGUUGGAUCUGUUGUAUGGAUUCUUGAGCAUCGGACUAACAAUGAGUUUCGUGGUUCCCCUCGGCAACAACUCAUUACAGUCUUCUGGUUUAGUUUCUCAACGAUGUUUUUUGCACACAGAGAGAACACUGUUAGCACUCUGGGGCGUCUGGUGCUUAUUUUGUGGCUUUUUGUUGUCUUGAUUAUCAAUUCAAGCUACACAGCUAGUUUGACAUCAAUACUCACAGUGCAGCAACUGUCGUCCCAGAUCGAGGGAAUAGACAGUUUGGUCUCUAAUAAUGUACCUAUUGGAGUUCAGGAUGGAUCGUUUGCAUUAAACUAUCUAAUCGACGAGCUCAACAUAGCUGUCUCAAGAAUCAAAAUAUUAAAAACCCAGGAUGAGUAUCUCAAUGAGCUCCUUAAAGGUCCAAAAAAGGGUGGUGUAGCUGCCAUAGUUGAUGAGCUUCCUUACAUUCAGCUCUUCUUGUCCAAUGUCAAUUGUGAAUUCAAGACAGUGGGACAGGAAUUCACAAGAAGUGGAUGGGGAUUUGCGUUCCAGAGGGACUCUCCUCUUGCAGUUGACUUAUCAACUGCAAUUCUUCAACUGUCAGAAAAUGGCGAUCUACAAAGAAUCCACGACAAAUGGCUAUCAAAAGAUACGUGCUCUGCACAAAGCAACCAAGUAGAUGACAACCGGCUCUCUCUCAACAGCUUCUGGGGUUUAUUUCUCAUAUGUGGCAUUGCAUGCUUCGUUUCUCUUAUUGUAUUUUUCUGUAGAGUUUACUGUCAGUACCUUAGAUAUGCCCCAGAAGAUGCAGAUGAUGGAUUAGAGGACCCUGAAUCUGUAGGUUGUGUCAAAGGCACCUCUCGCACCACUAGCUUCAAGGAUUUUGUCGAUAAGAAAGAGACUGACAUUAAAGAAAUGCUUAGGCGAAAGAGUAAUGAUAGCAGGCGUGAAUCGCGUGAUGGGAAGCAACAAACCUCCCAAAAUUCAGACGUGCAACUCAGCUCACCUUCCUGAAAAUUAAGAAGUAGAUAGUGAUGUUCCCCUCUCUUUCUUUAAAUGCUCCUGCUUUUUGUGACUGCUUAACACAUACAGGCCUAUAAUUAAUUUAGACAACUACA